AUGAUGAUACCACAAUACAAUUCAAAUAUUCCGUUGAUUUUUGGAAUAGCUGCUGCUUCUUUAGCUACAGGCUAUUAUUUAGGUCAAUUGACUCCAUCACAUCUAUCAUUGAACAAAAAUGAAAAGAAAGCGCAAAAGAGCCUUAAUGCUGAAGAUAAUACUGCUAUUAAUAAUGAUACAAAAAAAAAUAUAAAAAAGAACACCUUAACAAAGCAAUCAGAACAAUAUGAUUCGGAGGUUUCCAGUGAUGAGGACGAAGAAGAAAGCGAAGAGGAGGAAAUUGAAUCCACUUCUUUGAAUGAUAUCCCUGGUGAAGUAAGACUAUCAUUAGUAAUACGUCAAGAUUUGAACAUGACAAAGGGUAAAAUUGCAGCACAAUGCUGUCAUGCUGCUUUAUCAUGUUUUAGAUUAAUUGCCAUGGAUCCUUCUAAAAAUCUUAUAAUACCUACAAUGACUGAAAGAUGGCUAAGGCAUGGUCAAGCUAAAAUUACUUUGAAAUGUCCAAAUGAAGAAAUAAUGGAUGAAUUAUAUGCGAAGGCUAUGUCUUUGGGUGUGAACGCUUCAGUCAUUCAUGAUGCUGGAAGGACACAAAUUGCAGCCGGGAGUGCUACUGUGUUGGGUAUUGGACCUGCUCCAAGAGCUGUAUUGGAUCAAAUUACUGGUGAUCUGAAAUUAUACUAA